GAAGUGAACCCUAACCUAGUCCUUUUCAAGGGGUUUAUACCCAUGUCCCAUGACCCCAAAUUUUGAUCUCUCCAUUCCUCAACCAAAUGUGCAUGGGGUGCAAAAGUUCCAAAACCAACUUUGUAAAAACAAACUGCAAUUCAAUCCCCAUGGCCUUUGCCCAUGCCGCCUCCUUUCCCAUACACUGAACGGAAAAGGCAGAGACCAAAACAAACCCACGAAACCAAGCCGUAACCAGGUCCACGAAACCAACUCGGGCUCACCCAUCAUCGCCACCGUUCUCCUCUUCACGCUCGUAAUCGUCAUUCUCCCUGCCUGUGCAACAUUGCUUCCCCCAAACCCUAAUUUUCAUCGGACUUGUUUUGUUGCAGUUGUGGUUUGUUGAUCCGUGCCCUAGUUUUUAGCAGAAGAGAUUCUGGUGUUUAUUCGUAUUUUGGGUUGAGAAGAGAGAGAGAGAUAUGGGGGAAGAAAGAGGGGGCCCUUCUGUUGUCGCUAGGGCUUCUGUCUCUCCAAGUGGAGCGGUGGCUUCCUCUUCUUUGUAUGACCCAAAGGGAGCGAUUUCUCAGAGACAGAGCUUCUCUGUGGAUCUGAGACCAGGUGAGACCACCAUUGUUUCUUGGAAGAGGUUGGUGAAGGACUCCAACAAAGCCAUUCGGAAUUCUGCUUCUGUGGAGCCCCCUGUUGGUGCCCAUCCCGCUCUUGAGUCUCGAAUUGCACCCGAGGGUCAUGCUCGUCAUGAACUGGAGGAUGUUGUGCCGCCUUCUAAUCGAUUUAGUGCUGUUAUACAGAAGAUUGAACGUCUUUAUAAGGGGAGGGAAAGUAGUGAUGAAGAAGAUCUUGAUGAUAUUCCAGAUGAUGACCAAUAUGACACAGAUGACUCCUUUAUAGAUGACGCUGAGUUGGAUGAAUACUUCCAAGUUGACAAAUCUGAGACUAAGCAUAAUGGCUUCUUUGUAAAUAGGGGAAAAUUGGAAAAGACAAAUGAUCCAAUCUCCUCCCCUGUCCAUGCACCAAAGAAACGGAGGAGGAGAGAUCUGAAUAAUGCAAUCAGUGAAAAUGCAGCUGAGAAUUUGCCAAAGAGACAUCUGAACGUUGGUGGAGUUCGAAUGAAAGCAGCUGCUAGGAAUGCACCUUUGGUGGGGAACAAGUUGUCGGUGCCCUCACAAACUGCCAAAACCUCUGUUGGUGGUGAGCUAGGUCAUGACAUAAAGUCCUCGCAGAACCAAUUGAUAGCCUGUGUCGAAACUUCCAAGCAGAAGCCUUUGGAUUCUUCCAUGAAGCAGGAGAAUUCGAUUUCUACAAAGUUGCCAAAUAAGGAUAUAUCCAUGGAAGAUAAGGAUGGUAGUAAGCAAAAGCCUGGACUCCUCCCAUCUGGAGAAGGUGCAAGUAAACUAACUGUGAAUAAAGAGCAUGCACAUCCCAUUGAUCGAGAUUUGCUGGAUAAAGGGAAUCCUGUACAAGUCGAAAGUCAACACAAAAAAGCACUGAAAGAUGCAAAGGGACUGUUGCCAUCCAGCAAAAUUCGGCCGAAAGAGGGAGUUGGGAGCAGUGAUAUGCGAGACACUCAUAUUCUGGCAAGCAAGUCUCCAUUACAAAAGAUGAAGUUGCCAUCCUUGGCUUCCAAGGAAGGGGCAGCAGUAAGACCAAAAGGCACAAUGCUCGAAAGGGCCAUUCGAGAAUUAGAAAAUAAAGUUGCGGAAUUACGACCUCCAGCUAUGGAUCUUCAAGAAGUUGAUGCUUCAGCACAAGGAAUCAAGAGGAGAUUGCCUCAAGAUAUAAAGCAGAAGCUCGCCAAAGUUGCCAGACUUGCGCAGUCGAGCCAAGGGAGAAUAUCUGAGGAGUUGAUCAAUCGCCUGAUGAGCAUCCUUGGUCAUGUAGUCCAAAUUAAGACAUUGAAGAGACACAUGAAAGAGAUGGUUGAAUUAGGUUUGUCAGCCAAACAAGAAAAAGAAGAUAAGCUUCAAAAGAUGAAAAAUGAAGUGACUGAAAUGGUUAAAGAGCAGGUCUCAAUUUUGAAGUCCAAGGAAGCAGACAUGCAUAAAUUAUCUUCUGAUGAUUUUCAAGAUGCACCCAAUUCUGAUGAGAAAGGAGCUCUUAAAGGACGAUAUAAAUGGGAUAACGCAACUGAGGACCGCCUUUGUGAUCUCUAUGAUCAGUAUGUUGAGGGGAUGGAUGAAGACAAGGGCCCUCAGAUUAGGAAGCUUUAUGUGGAGCUUGCAGAAUUGUGGCCAGAAGGUUGGAUGGACAAUAAUGGGAUAAAAUAUGCGGUUUGCAGGGCUAAAGAACGAAGGAAACGGCUGUAUGGCCAUGGAAAGGAUGGCGAGAAGUUGAGGCGGAAGAAGAUAUCAUCAGCUGCAGUUAGAGUAGAAGAGAAUCUGGGUGCUGCUGCCACCAAUUCUCAAGCACGGUCCUUACAAGAACGGCCACCUUCCAAUCAACAACAGCCAUACACAUCCCAUGGCCACCUCAUCAUCCAUAAUACAUUAUCAUCAUCAUCCCCCAGAAACCAUGCCUUGGGGGCCCUGCCCAACAGGACUUCUGACUCAUUUAUUUCAAAUGAAGCUACUGGGGCAAUAUUAGAAAAGGUGAGGAGAACUACAAUAGAUCAUGAAAGUGGUCUUGUUAGCAAGAAGUUGAAGAGAAAAUCAAUGGAGGCCUCGGGUUCCCCAAUGUAUCCAUCAAAACUCCAGUCACUCGAUGGCAAGCAAAGCUCUUCGCUACACCACCACAAGUUGAACAAGCACCACUCAAGCUUGGUUCAGCACCAUCACAAGGCAAACUCCACGGUUAGUGCCGCGUGCCUUCCUCCUGCUUCCAGUUAUGAGCUACUUAAGAACAGUUGAGAGGUAUGUCAACAAGUGUCAUCCAUUUGUAGAUGCCGCUUUGCCUUUUCUAUGUUUUAUUAUUGGGGGGGGGGAAAGGGGGGAGGAGGAGGAGGAGGCUGCUCUUUUUGCUAUUUUCAUUGGAAAAAUCGAAAUGUAAAAUUGCUCCAUUGUUUUAUGUUGACCAAAAAAAAAAAAAA